AUGUCGUUAUUUCUUGUGAUAGUGGUGGUCUUGCUUCUUUUCCUCUCCUCUCCUCUGCACCGUCUAGUCCACAUAGGACUAAAGAAACCAGUAUCCCCCAAUAUCGACCCAGAAACAUACCGUCGCAUAAUAGAGGGAAAAGGACUUUACCAGGAAGUACAUAAUCAGCUUAAUGCACGUCAGUCCAGAGCCAUCCCAAACAAACGACUGCGCGCGGUAUUUGGGAUCGAAAACGCCUUGACGACCGACAAUGAAAUCCACGCGAAACGCUUCCUUAGACAAGUCAAAGGGUUGAUUAACCUGUCCCCCACAUCCUGGGAGUCCUUAUCGGGCCUCGUGCGCAGCGCCGCACGGCGUAGUAUUGACGGCGCAAUGGCAAACAGCCCGGACAAACCACGCGUCAUGCUCACAAACCUGGUACAAGUGCUAGUCUUGCGGGUGGUCUUAAGUGUUCUAUUCCGGAUGGAAACCGAGGCCCUUGAGGUCCCAGACCACGAUCUACUCCGUCUCGCGGAAGCGAUUAACGAUGCUUGGACUUCAUCCAAAGACAAGACGCACCUCGUAUCCUUUCAAGACAAUAUUUCUCUCCAGAAUUCCUUGAAGACAGUGUUCCCUCAUUUGAACUGUCUGGAUCCGCAAGGAAACCCACUGAAUCUGGUCAUCCCAGGCUUCGAGACGAUGUGGCGGAUUGUCCUGCGCCUUUUCAUCGAGAUAAGCUACACUUCAGGACUCUACCACCCCGAAUGGCGGGGGAUAAUGACUACCUUCGCAAUUGCCCCAACCAAAGACGAGUUCGAGCGACGGAACGGCAAGCAAAACCUCUCAGCAGAGAUGCUAGUCAACGAGGCACUGCGUCUCUAUCCACCCACGAAACGUGUGUAUCGUGCAUUUCUCCCAGUGGGGUCAGAUACAGUCGAAGUCCUGAAUGCAGACAUUGAGAAGGCUCAAACCGCAACUCAUAUCUGGGGCUCCGAUGCAGAAGUAUUUGCCCCAGGACGUUGGGGUGCCUUGACGCCGCAGCAGAAACUCGCUUUUUUUCCAUUCGGUAGUAAGCCUUUUGUAUGUCCGGCGCAGGCUGCGUUUGGGCCUAGGGCUAUUGCCUUGGUUGUGGGUGCGUUGCUGGUCGAAUUGGGAGGAGAGUGGUCGCUUUGUGUGGGUGCUGAGUGUACGGAAGCCUUGGUGCCUGGGGUAAGGUUGAGUAACCAAAGAACGGAGUAUCGUGACUUGUGUCUUGCUCGGGCUGGACCUGUUUGA